AUGUGGGGCCCCGGCCUGGCGCUGCGCGGCAGCGGGCCCCACAGUGUUGCUGCUGCUGUCAAGGCCAUGGACCAGGCGCAGCAAACGGCUCUCAGGGUGUUUAACCUGGGUUUGUUUUGCUUCGUGGUAUCUUCUUCCGUGUCUGCGCUGCUGUUUCAAAGUGCAGUUUGCUGCUGCCUUUUGGUACUUCUUUAUGGCUUUAUUGGCUUCGAAAUCAGCAGCAGCAGCAAAGACAUAAAGCAGCAGCUGCUGCCGCGGGCCCUGGCUUCUGGGGAGAUCAGGGGCAACCCGCUGGCCCAGUCUGCUGCUGCUGCUGCUGCUGCUGAGGAAGCAGCAGCAGCAGCAGCGGCGGACUCCUGCUGCGCCUCCAGCACCUUCCAGUGCCUAGGCAGCAGCAGCAGCAGCAGCAGCAGCAGCAGCAGCUAUUUCCAGUCAAGGUCCUCCACUGUAGAGACAAUUAAGUUUGUCAAGUGCCCAGCUGUACAGACACCGCAGCAGCAGCAGACCUACGCAGCAGCAGCCACGCAGCAGAACCAGCGGCUGCAGCAGCAGCAGCAGCAGCAGCUCUACCUGCAGCAGCAGCAGCAGCAGCAGCAGCUCUACCUGCAGCAGCAGCAGCAGCAGCUGUCGUUCUCGCCGCACGAGCCCGACUACCAGCAUCAGCAGCUGCACCAGCAGCAGCAGCAGCAGCAACAGCAGCAGCAGCAGCAGCAGCAGCAGCAGCAGCAGCAGCAAGAAGAAGAAGAAGAAAUCUUGGGGGCCUUUGCAAGCUCAGCAUACACCUCAAUCGCAAGAGGCCUCAGCCUCUUUUUGGGCCUCGAGGGAGAAGAGACAGGAGACACUUGA